GCGGCGGGGCUGCCGGAGACGGCGGCGGCUGCUGAAGGGCAACGGCGGCGAUGGGCGCUGUGGGCUGAUUAGUAAAGAUGGAAAGAGGCAGAGGAGGAGGAGGAAGGAACCUGGGAGGCUCUGGCCUGCACAGGAGCAUUUAUUCCCAGUCCCAGCAGCAGUACCAUUACCCGGCCUCCUCCCAGGGGGGCUGCAUGGAGAUCCAGGAGCUGGCCUCCAAGAGGGUGGACAUCCAGAAGAAGCGCUUUUAUCUGGAUGUGAAACAGAGCUCCCGAGGCCGCUUCCUGAAGAUCGCCGAGGUCUGGAUAGGAAGAGGCAGGCAGGACAAUAUCAGGAAAAGCAAGCUGACCCUCUCCUUGUCUGUGGCUGCUGAACUGAAGGACUGCCUAGGGGACUUCAUCGAGCACUAUGCCCACCUGGGCCUGAAAAGCAGUCACCGGCACGAGCACAGCAACGGCAAAGAGCAGCAUCCCCGGAGGCGGCAGCAGCACCCACCGCCUUCGCCUCCGAUGUCCGUUUGCUCCGAAGAGCACCCUCACAGUGUCCUCAAAACGGAGUACAUCGAGAGGGACAACAGGAAGUAUUACCUGGACCUGAAGGAGAACCAGCGAGGGCGCUUCUUGCGGAUUAGACAAACCAUGAGUAGAGGACCUGGCAUGAUGGGUUAUUUUGGGCACAGCUUGGGACAGGAGCAGACAAUCGUCCUGCCAGCACAAGGGAUGAUUGAGUUCAGGGAUGCUUUGGUCCAGCUGAUAGAAGAAUAUGGCGAGGGGGACAUAGAGGAUCGCCGGGGGGGAGGUGAUGAGCCUCCAGAGCUCCCCGAGGGCACCUCCUUCCGAGUGGACAACAAGCGCUUCUACUUCGACGUGGGAUCCAACAGGUACGGCAUUUUCCUGAAGGAGUCUGUUAAAUUGCACCCAAAUCAUCUCCAUGUGUCUUAUGAAAGUACCAACCUCCUGAGUCCGUCUGAGUCAGCUGCUUUGAGUGUUGAAGACUAUGGAAGUACACGUAUCAGCAUAAAACAAAAUCUGGCACUCUGACCUUUAAGUAGUAUAGAUAAGGCUUGUGUUGCACUCUCAAAGUGAUACAAAAGCAAACCAAACCCCAAACCUUAUGCUGAAAUGUAUCAGUUUCUAUGAUGUUUUUUUUCCGGGACUGAAUUCUGCUUGUCUUUGGUCCAUAGGCUGAGCAGCGCAUCUGUAGGGUUUAUGAUAAAAAUCAACUUUGUGUGAAUUCAUGGUAUGGGUAUGAGGGGAGAGAGAGGUUUUUAAAUUGGCAGCUGCUGGUUGUUGAGUUUGAACUGAUAGCCUGCAUGGGUAAAACCUUGAUAACUGGUCAGACCUUUAUUACGUGCUGGUAAAGAUUUGUUAUUCAUUCUGUAGUUUUGUGCUGAACAAAUAACCUGAAUAUCCUGGGAUAGCGAAGCUCCACUCGAGCACUAAGACUCAUGGCAAUGAAUAAUAACCCAUGUAUGUGUUCUGCCCAUGUUCAUGCCCAUGCUGGUGAUUUCUUGGUUUUCAUUUUCAAUGCAUUUGUCCAAAAUGUGAAAAGGUAUUUUCAUAGUAGCUGUGUUAUGGGUUCCAACAGGCAGGUGGGGAUGGAGCCAGGGUUUGGGGGAGGAGGGACCACCACGACUGAGGCUUUCUCCCAGAUAAGAGAUUAAUGCAGUCAUGAUGUUACCUGGUUUUCUCCUCCUGCAGCAAGAAAGACCUUGGGGCGGGUUUGGUGCACCAUUGGGCUUGUAUAAAAAGGCAUCUCUCUCACAUUUACUGGUGGCCCUUCAGAAGUGGUGGUUUACGCCCAGUUGGUUUUUUUGUCAUGUUAAUUUUACAGGUGGUGGUGUUGUUAGGAGAUGAUAUCUGUGCCCUGCCAUCACCCCCUUCCCACCUGCUCAGAGCUUAUGGAGCAAUUCAAUUCCCAGUGGCCCACCAUCAGUGGUUUCAGUGUCAUCCCACUGAAGUCUCUGGAGGGAAGAUGUGUACAAUUCCUUGUUUAGAAGAUUGAUGAAAGGUUUUGAAAGCUCCUUAUCACUGCUUAAAACAUGAAUACUCAACGUAAGGGGCUUUUCUAGCCUUUGGGUGACCAGCUCCUUCCCCUUUGAAACCAGCGGAAAUUUGAUGGAGCUCCAGGUACUUCCAAUAACAUGUUGCCCACCUUUAAGAUUCUUUUUAAGGAGGCAUGAACGUGUCUGAUCAGAUAUUUAUCAUAAUUUGAAUUGUUUUUUAACAGAAUGGCCCAAUGUUCAUGUGGACCAGCUGUUUUCCCAUGCAGCCAUGACAUGGUUUUAUUUAUUUUUAUUUAAUCUCUUGAGAAAUGUAUUUAUCCCCAGCCAGACUGUUGAUCACUUUUAGUCUGGACCCACCUGCACGCUGCAUGGCCACACUCAAUCCAAAUGCUAUUAGCUGCUAAUGUUAUUAACCAUAACGAGAAAAAUUGGGGAUGCAGAGUUGGGAACCAAGAGGAUAAUCUGGACUUUAGUUUGGAAACUAUAAACUAGUUGAUCUGUUUUAACUUAAAAAAAAAUAAUUAAAAAAAAAAAGAUAAAAAAAAAAAGGAAAAAAAAUCAAAGCUUGCACCAAAGUCACCGAAGAACCUUUAGGAAAGUGUUACAGUUGUGACAAGAAGUAAUUUAAUUUCACUGUUUUAGGUGAUUCUCCCUUUAGGUAAAACCACACAUAGCAGAUACAGCAAGCAAGCUUUUGUCUUCAUGUCAAGAAUUCCCAUCCACUUCAGGUUCAUUUUCAACUCUGGGAGAGAUGUUCUCGCCCCACUGCUUCAACUGGUAUCGGAGCAUGACGGAUCAGCUGGGAGUUGCAGGGGGUGCUGGUUCAUCAUUGCUCUUAGGGCUUUGGUCCCAAUGGUUUUAACAGGUCAAUUGCAAACAAAAUCAACAUAAAAAUAAUUCUACAUCCCA